AUGUUCGCAAAGCAUAUCAAAACCUCCGAUUCUGGUGACAUAGGUGGCGACCUCAGUCACGAAUUCCACUUUCCAACGAAGAUUGGAGAAGAUAAUAUCAUUAGUUGUACCAAAUGUAAAUACGUGGCAAAUGAAGAGUUGGCGGAAACUGGAAAAUUGAAAGUGGAUGAGAUUGAUGAUUCUGACGUCCAUACUCAAAACACGAGUGUAGUUGCGGGAUUUUCUCGCGAUGGAUCCACUCUAAUUGCCAUUUGGUUUUAUUCCGAGGAUGGAGAGGGAUAUGAGCUGAAUACACGUUCAAUCAAGAGCGUUAUACCGGAAUAUGAUCCUUCCAGAAAAAUAGAAUAUCCAGAGUUGUUGCGAUUUAUCAAUACGAAGAAUAUGAGCGGAAACAAAUCGUUCGAUAAAAGUAACCAACCAUCCAUCAAUCGUGUUGUCCACUUGAUUGACGGACGAGUUCCUUCACAAAUCUCUCAGGUAAUUGUGAAGGAAAAGUUUUCUGCAGUUGCUAAAGCUAACGGCAAGACUCGGGAUGAUUGGUUAUCGAAGGUGGAUGAUACAUCGUUUAUUUCUCGAGAUCCAUCUACCGGUGAAGCAUUGAAUCUACGACGGAUUAUGGAGGGAGAUAUCUGUCCCAAAUGCCAAGAACCGACGUUGAAAGUUGAAAAAGCCAUUGAACUUGGCCAUACUUUUCACCUGGGUACGAGAUACAGUAAACCAAUGGAAGCAACGGUUACUGUACCUUGUAAUCUUGUGGAAAAUAAAUCUGAAGAGAUUACAGCUCUGCUUGGAGAAAAUGGUCAGGUUCAGGUUUCCAUGGAGAUGGGAUGUCAUGGGAUUGGUGUGACGAGGAUGAUUGGAGCUGUUGCUGAAACCCUUGUUGACGGGAAGGGACUGAAUUGGCCCAGAGUUAUGUCUCCUUUCGAAAUCGUUGUGAUCCCAGGUAAAGGUUCUGAUGAAGGUGCCUUGCAGAUAUUUGACAUCUUCUCCAUCGCCGCAAUGGAUCCAGUAAUUGAUGAUCGAGGAGUAUCAAUUGCUUGGAAAUUGAGAGAUGCGGAUUUGAUUGGUUACCCGGACGUUGCCGAAUGA